AUGGCCGCCACAAAGCGACACAAGCCGCUGAUUGACCCGACCCUGCCCUCAGAGCGCGUCUUCAAUGCCUUGUUCCGUGGCGACUUGCAGUUCGUACAAAGUGCCACGUCUUGUUUCGACUGGGAGCAGGUGAGCCUGAAGUAUGGUACUCCUCUCCAGGCGAUCGUAGCUGGUGCAAUCUGGGACUUCGAUGAACCUGAGCGGAAGUUUUCAGAGCGGCUGGAGCUGCUGUCCUGGUGCAUCUCGCAAGGCGCUGAUCCCGAGCAGCAUGCCCACGGCAAGGUCUUCGGAAGGGUGCAGAUCGAGAGGGAUGACCUGAUCCUUGCCGGGACCUCCGCCCAGUCCCUCAUACGCACAGUCCACACCUUCUGUCGCCAAGAGUUCCUGACUGACUUGGAUCCGCAAUCCUUGCUUUUGCCACGGCUGAAAGCCAUGCAGAAGUUGCUGACAGCCUUGGCACGGCCAAAGUGCUUUUCCGUGGUCCAGUCAGUUGCGGGCCACAUGUGGGCGGAGAUCUGCCACGAGCCGGAGUACGCAGACGUCACAGUCCUCAGCCGGCCCAUGACGGACAAAGGUCUCCGCUGCGUGUUCCUAGCCCAUUCUGUGCUGCUUUGCCACGCCUCGCCGGUUUUCAAGGCGAUGUUGAAAGAAAGGGCGUGGCGAGAAGGUGACAACCAUCGGAUCAUUUUGGACGAGCCGCCAGGCGCAGUCGACAUCUUCUUGUCCAUGCUUUGCAGCGGCGUCUUGCCAGACGAGUACACUUGCCAGGAGAUCGCGACGGCGGCUGAGAUGGCCGACAAGUACCAGGUGGACACUAUGAUCCCCGGACUCGUUGCCCAGAUGAGGCGGAGGAUGUCGGUCGACAACUUUGCGACCCUGUGUGCGUACGCCCUGAAAUACAGCAACCUGGCCAUGAUCGGGGAUUGCGAGGCCUUUGUGCGAAAGAAGGCCCAGCAGGGCGAGAUUCGACCCGAGAGCCGAUGGAGCAACGCCACGCACGAGACCAUGAACUUCAUCACCGAGACGCUGAACCUCUACACCUUCACGGUCGAGAGCCGGACCUUGUUCGCCUCCGAGCUGCUCUUCUCUCCAUCCUUCCUGCACCUACUGCAGGGCAUGGCAGCCGACCCUUCCUCGGCCGCUGUGCAGUUCCAGGAGCUCUGGAUUCAACCCUGGCUGAUGGCCACGGCCGUGGAUGAAAAGAGGUUCGAUGGCUUUCAGACGCUGGUAAGGCUCUUGGUUCGACUGCUGCUGGGCACUGGUGACGAAGACACGAUUUUCCUCGCUCAGUUCUUCUUAGCUACUGGCUUGACCUGGAGCCAUUUCGUGGAUGUGCUGCUGAACUCCACGGCAGGGAUCUCAGAGGAACUCCCGCUGGGCGGACCCCUGGCCUCCCAGGAAUCGGCUGGGAAGAUCUGGCUGGUGGAUCACUCGCUGCUGCUACCGAAGACUGGGCAGCACGGCAACGUGGCUCAAGGAAAGCUUCUCCUGUCGCGCGUGAGCUACGAUGUCCAAGCUCCAAUUUCCAUGCUGCCCGCCUCCUUCUCAGUGACCCUGGGGGCAGGCGUGGCGAGCAGCGCCCCGCUGCCGUACAUGGCACUCUCGGAGGUGUCGCUCCAAUUCCAGUACCAGCUCUCCGCGCUCCUUGAUCACGUGGCCAUUGCAGCUCCCCCCGUCCGGCUGGAUGGCGCGAACGGCAGCCUGCUGGAGCACAGUGGUCGUCUGCCCAUCGCCAGGGCGGCCGCUGCAUCCUCCGCCGUCUUUGGCGGAGCGCUGGUCGACGGACUGGCUGCUGCAGAGGUGUCUAGCCUGCUCAAGGCCGAGGUGGGUGUGUGGAUCAGCACUGGCAGCCAGGGCCAGGGCUUCUUCAGCGUUGCGGAGCAGCUCCUGGAUAGCUUGCGCGCCGACAUCAGCGCCACGACGUUGGGCAGCUUAGCACGGGGGGCCGUGCAUGCGCUGUUGGACGGCGGCUACUCCGAUGGCACUGGCAUCGCUCAAGCUGUGGCCGCAGGUGCCACUGAGGUCGUGGCGGUGCUGAACAGCUUCUCUACGAAUGAUGCCACCUACGUCGCGCAGCUGUUCCCCAACGCCACGACGCCUCUGAAGCCCGGGGUACCGGCGCAGCUGUUCCCCGUCUUCGUGCCCGGGCGCAAGCAGGGGCUCAGGGCUUCGUAG